GCCGCCUGCCGCCGUCCGCGGGGGUGGGAGCGCCUGCGCAGUGGGGGUGCUGCUCGGUGCGGGAGGCUCGGAGGGGCUGGCGAUGGCUCCGGCGAGGCGCCGCUCAGAUUGCAGUUAUAGAAGAUAGACACCCAGGAGAUUUUGCCUUUCGCCAUGGCUCAGUUUGGAGGACAGAAGAAUCCCCCUUGGGCUACUCAGUUUACAGCCACUGCAGUAUCUCAGCCAGCUGCUCUUGGUGUACAGCAGCCAUCACUGCUUGGAGCCUCUCCUACAAUAUACACCCAGCAGACAGCAUUGGCAGCAGCAGGCCUAACUACACAAACGCCAACGAACUAUCAGCUAACUCAGACAGCUGCUUUGCAGCAGCAAGCUGCAGCUGCAGCAGCUGCCUUACAGCAGCAAUAUUCACAACCUCAGCAGACUCUCUAUAGUGUACAGCAACAGUUGCAGCAACCUCAGCAGACCCUUUUAACUCAGCCAGCUGUUGCACUACCUACCAGUCUUAGCCUGUCUACUCCUCAGCCGGCAGCCCAGAUAACUGUUUCUUAUCCGGCACCCCGGUCAAGUCAGCAGCAAACCCAACCACAAAAGCAACGUGUCUUCACUGGGGUAGUUACUAAACUACAUGACACAUUUGGGUUCGUGGAUGAAGAUGUCUUUUUUCAGCUUAGUGCUGUUAAAGGAAAGACACCUCAGGUGGGUGACAGAGUUUUGGUAGAAGCUACUUACAAUCCUAAUAUGCCAUUCAAAUGGAAUGCACAAAGGAUCCAGACACUUCCAAAUCAGAACCAGACGCAAGCUCAGCCGUUACUGAAGACACCUCCGGCAGUUCUUCAGCCCAUCGCACAGCAGACUGCAUUCAGUGUUCAGGCACAGCCGCAGCCACAGUCCUUGUUGCAGGCACAGAUAUCAGCAGCUUCAAUCACACCGUUGCUUCAGACACAGCCUCAGCCAUUACUGCAGCAGCCACAGCAGAAAGGUGGUUUGUUACAGCCCCCUGUUCGUCUAGUUUCACAGCCUCAACCAGCUCGAAGAUUAGACCCACCAUCCAGAUUUUCCGGGAGGAAUGACAGAGGAGGAGACCCUAUGCCAAACCGAAAAGAUGACAGGAGUCGUGAGAGAGAACGAGAGAGACGUAGGUCCCGGGAAAGAUCACCCCAGAGAAAACGCUCCAGAGAGAGAUCACCUAGACGAGAGAGGGAGAGGUCGCCUCGAAGACCACGACGUGUUGUUCCUCGUUACACGGUUCAGUUUUCCAAGUUUUCAUUGGACUGCCGUAGCUGUGAUAUGAUGGAGCUGAGGAGGCGUUACCAGAACUUGUAUAUCCCAAGCGAUUUCUUUGAUGCUCAGUUUACAUGGGUGGAUGCUUUUCCUAUGUCUAGACCAUUUCAGCUGGGAAACUACUGUAAUUUCUACGUAAUGCAUAGAGAAGUAGAUCCUAUAGAUAAAAACGCUGCUGUCCUUGAUCCACCCGAUGCUGAUCAUCUAUACAGUGCAAAGGUGAUGUUGAUGGCUAGUCCUAGUAUGGAAGAUCUCUAUCACAAGUCAUGCGCACUGGCUGAAGAUCCCCAAGAACUUCGUGAUGGAUUUCAGCAUCCUGCUAGACUUGUAAAGUUUUUAGUGGGUAUGAAAGGCAAAGAUGAAGCUAUGGCUAUUGGAGGACACUGGUCCCCAUCACUGGAUGGACCUGAUCCAGAAAAGGACCCUUCCGUGCUGAUAAAGACGGCUAUUCGUUGUUGCAAGGCUCUUACAGGGAUUGACUUAAGUGUGUGCACACAAUGGUACCGUUUUGCAGAGAUUCGCUACCAUCGCCCUGAGGAGACCCACAAGGGGCGUACAGUUCCAGCUCAUGUGGAGACAGUGGUUUUAUUUUUCCCGGAUGUUUGGCAUUGCCUUCCCACCCGCUCAGAGUGGGAAACCCUCUCCCGAGGAUACAAGCAGCAGCUGGUCGAGAAGCUUCAGGGUGAACGCAAGGAGGCUGAUGGAGAACAGGCAGAAGAGGAAAAGGAUGAUGGGGAGGCUAAAGAGAUCUCUACGCCUACGCACUGGUCUAAACUGGAUCCCAAAACAAUGAAGGUAAAUGACCUUCGCAAAGAAUUAGAAAGUCGAACCCUUAGCUCUAAAGGACUGAAAUCUCAAUUGAUAGCUCGACUGACAAAGCAGCUGAAAGUAGAGGAACAAAAAGAAGAGCAAAAGGAGCUAGAGAAGUCUGAGAAAGAAGAGGAAGAGGAGGAGGAUAGGAAGUCUGAAGAUGACAAAGAGGAAGAGGAAAGAAAACGUCAAGAAGAAAUGGAACGUCAGCGGCGGGAGAGACGAUAUAUCUUGCCUGAUGAACCAGCAAUCAUUGUACAUCCGAACUGGGCAGCAAAGAGUGGGAAGUUUGACUGCAGCAUUAUGUCUCUUAGUGUUCUUCUGGACUAUAGAUUAGAAGAUAAUAAAGAACAUUCCUUUGAGGUAUCAUUGUUUGCAGAGCUCUUCAAUGAAAUGCUUCAGAGAGAUUUUGGUGUCAGAAUUUACAAAGCACUGAUUUCUCUCCCAGAGAGGGAGGACAAAAAAGACAAAAAAAGCAAAAAAGAUGAGAGAAAAGAAAAAAAAGAAGAAAAAGAUGAUGAAACAGACGAUCCAAAACCGAAGAGGAGAAAAUCUGGAGAUGAUAAAGACAAAAAAGAAGAUAGAGAUGAAAAGAAGAGGGAAGAUAAAAGGAAAGAUGAUUCUAAAGAUGAAGAAGAAACUGAAGAUGACAAUAAUCAAGAAGAAUAUGAUCCGAUGGAGGCAGAAGAUGCUGAAGAUGAAGAUGAAGAAUGCAGACCACUCGCAACUCCCAUUGAAGUCAGUAGGAGAUACAGGGAGGAAGAGGAAAUGAACAAACGGGAGGACAGAAGAGAGGGAAAUAGGCAUUGUAAAGAGAGGUCGUCUAAAGAUAAAGAGAAAGACAAGACGCAGAUGGUAACUGUUAAUAGGGAUCUUCUGAUGGCUUUCGUUUAUUUUGAUCAAAGUCAUUGUGGCUAUCUUCUGGAGAAGGACAUGGAGGAGAUACUUUACACUCUUGGACUACACCUGUCACGUGCUCAGGUCAAGAAGCUGCUUAAUAAAGUAGUGCUUAGAGAAUCUUGCUUUUAUAGAAGACUAACAGAUACUUCUAAAGAUGAAGAAAAUCAAGAAGAGUCUGAAGAGCUACAGGAAGAUAUGUUAGGAAACAGAUUACUGUUACCAUCGCCUACUAUAAAGCAAGAAUCAAAAGCCAUAGAAGAAAAUGUCGGCCUCAUUGUGUACAAUGGAGCUAUGGUGGAUGUUGGGAGCCUUUUACAGAAGCUGGAGAAGAGUGAAAGAGUGCGGGCAGAGAUAGAACAAAAGCUUCAGUUACUAGAAGAAAAAACAGAUGAGGAUGAAAAGACCAUGCUACAGCUGGAGAAUUCUAACAAAAGUCUAUCUGCGGAGCUCAAAGAAGUGAAAAAGGACCUUGGCCAACUGCAAGAAAAUUUGAAGAUUUCAGAUGAUAAAAAUUUGCAAUUUGAGGGUCAGCUGAAUAAGACAAUCAAAAAUUUAGCUACUGUUAUGGAUGAAAUACAGAGUGUUCUUAAACAGGAUAUUGUGAAGAAAGAAGAUAAAGAUCAGAAAUCCAAAGAAAAUGGAGCAAACGUAUGAUAAAACUGCUGCUGUUUAGAAGAAUGGUGUUACAUAAUGUAAUAUAAAUCAUGAUACCAGAAUGUAUGGGAAGUGAUGCAUGUUUGAUUUUAGUAGUAUAAAUAUCUUAGUUCCAAAAGAUGUAUAAAGUUUUAUGAACGUGAGUGUCUGCUUCUGAAGAUUGCUUGUAAUUCUUAGCAUUCAAUUUGAGACACUCCUCGAGUGAAAAUAAUUUUGCAUUGCAAAAUGUUUUAGGAUGAACUUUGUUAUAGUUUUAACCCUAAUAAAGUUCAUCAACGUAAUGAACAGUAGCAAGUAUUUAAUUACCAAAUGUUUUUCAUUAAAGUCUAGUGAAAUCAAAAUUUUCAUUAUUUAUAGAAUUGCCAUUUUUAGGUUUUUAUUUUUAUUUCGGUCUAAUUAGUCUUUUUAAAUACAAAUAUAAAUCACAAAAUAGCAUGCUGCUUAAUUUUGCAAGUAAAGAUUUUUUUUUUUAAAAAAAGCUUCUUGGAUUUUUUUUUUUUACUUGUCACAACUUUCUUUCACUUCCACAUGUAACUUUCUUCCCCAAAGCUGCUUGUAUUAAAGCCUCGUAAUAUACAGUAGUUCAGAUGACUUAAGAAAGCAAUAGAAACCUACCAAAAUACAGGUAGGGUUGUGAGAUUUAUAUGAAAAUACAUGGGCCUGUUUUAAAUGUAUGUCAUUUGUGUUUCUUUAAUUGUUCUUAUCUUUGGAUUAAUAUAUAUGCUCCUUUUUAAUAACAAAUGCAGUGUAUUAAAAGGUAUGGUAGGGUACCAGGCCAGUAGAUGUCAGAAUAAUGCCUUACAUGGAGGAAAAGCUACCAUUGUAAGCUGCCUUUAAUUAAAUUUGGACUUCUUUCUUAGUAUGUGUAAUUACUUCAGAGAUUUUAGUCCAACAAAAGAAUGGAUACACAAGUAUCAAUACUCCAUGUUAAAAUUACUAAGGAGCAGGAGACAACUUGUUUUGUUGAAAGUGGGUAAGAUUGCCUUCCUUUUGUGUUCACAAAUCACUAGAGAUCUAAACUUAAAACUGACAUCAUUGUCAAAGGCAACUUAUUCAAAUAAUGUGGAAUAUGAACAAUUGUAUUUUGGUGCAACUUCCAGGAAAAUCAGUUUUGAAGGUUGGGACAGAAGUGUUUUGUUACAGAUACGGUUAAUUUUAGUAGACCUUUUUUAGCCUAGGUGUCCUAGGUAACUACAUACCUGUUAGAGUCCAAGUGCCAUAAUAUGUGUGAAUAACCUACAUGGAAACUCAUGUAGCUUUAUCAAGAUACACAUUAAAAUGCCUGAGUUUAUGUCCAAAAGAGUCUAAGCUGGUGCUUUUACCACUUCCCUUCCUUGGCUCUUUUGUAGCUAGGCAAGUAAAAUACAUUUUCAUUAAAAUAACAUGCAUAAGCUUCCCCCUCAUUCAUCUCAGUUGAGUCACUGUUCACACUGAAGUAGGAAGUACUAUAAAAAUACUAAUUAUUGCAUAGAAGUACACAGAAAAUGCAUGCUUUAUGAAUUAAGAGAUAGCAUCCCAUUAGAAUGGUGAUAAUUAAUCUUAUGAAAAGCGUUAUCUGUGGUGUACAGAUAGUGUUAACAAAUUCUUUUGUAAUCAAAUUCUAUUUUUCACCUUUACCUUUGUACAAAUUGUUGACAGCAUGUUUCAUUUUUGACAUUGAGAACCGUUUAUUUAAAUGGACUUGAAAGGAUUGCAUUUGAAAUGCUUUGUUCAUGAAUUUUCAGCAGUACACAUGAACAUACAAGAAAAUAAUUCUAGAAUUAAAGAUAACAUCUUUUUAGGCACACUGAAAUGUCUGUUGAAAUAUUUUGCUGGGGUGUUUUUACCUUAAACUGCUGAGCUGAAAGCGGUUGUUGCAACAAGCAGGCUUCAUCUUGUGUUUCAGCGAGUGGCCCUGUGAGAUAGUUGCUAGGCCGAUAAAGAUUUUUACAGUAUUUAAGAAAAAAAGAGCGUUUGUUAGAAUGAGUGUAAUCUUUAUAUUGCUUUGAUGUAAUAGUGUUUCAUAUACUAUGUACAGUCUGCAUUUAUGUUGGAAAGGAAAUUAAAAGGGUAAAGAAUAAAGGAAAAAAAACAACAACAAGGAAAAGUUUUACAACCUACACACAGCUUGACCAGUCUCCUGAAGCACAACUAACCUGAGGAAGAACAGACGUCUCUACAGACUGUUUACGUUGCUUUACAAAACAGCACAAGGUUCUGUGUAUAUAUAUAUAGCAUCAAUGCUGGUUGUUAGCUAAAGCUUCUUUGUAAUAUUUGCAGAAAUAUAACUAAUUCUUAAGAAAAUUGAAUAGAGUAUCAGUAAUUGAGGUUGGCAGAAGCCAUCUUACGUUGGUUUUAAUUUAUGAACAAUGUUUUUCCAUUUCAUGUCCACAGUUCCCACCUCCCAGGCUUUCUACUUCUAAGUCUUUCAUUACAUAUCAGUUGCUGGUGAAAGGCUAGUAAAAUUGAGCCUAAGCCAGGUCUUUCUCUGAUGCCUCAAUGUCCAAUUUGUUUGUAGUUUUAAAAUCAUCAUAGAUGCUCUGUGGAAAGUAGUAAAUCUCAGACUGCCUUGUUCUGUAGCGAAAGCACUGCUACAGCAGGCCAGAAAAUGGAAUCUGAUCUCAGUUUAUAGAUUAUUUCCCUCCCCUUUUAUAUUUUGACUAGUUUGGGGGAAUUAAUGGGUUAAACCCUUACAAAGUGACAUUCAGACUAGUCGAUGUCUGCAAAUAAGGCUAGGAAGAAAGUUUCAUGUGAUGCAUCUAUGUGCAAAGUGGUCUAAAAUAAAGUAGACUCUGGAGGCACCUUUGCUUUUGCUCUGGUAAUGAAAAGGCAGAAGUACAGCGUUUCAGCACUACAUAGCACCAGUGGCAAAAAGACCAAUACUGAAUUUUUGCCACAGUUAAUGGAGCUGCUUCCACCACCGCUGCAUGUUGUGCCACUUAAUGUUUUCCUGACUCACUCAGUGCUUGAUGCUUGUGCCUGUGGCGCCUGGGCACUGCUGCAAAAUCACUUCCCAGUUCUUGCUGGCUUUAUCUGGUGUCCUCUGGCUCAGCCUGGGGCGCCCUGAAGUGUACGAUGGAGAAGUUGGAAAUCUCUGGUGCUCAGUGGGUUUCCACACAUUGAGCAUUUACAAUUGAAUCGUUUCAGAAUCUAACAAUAUGAAGCCUAGUCUUUUAACAUAACUUUUUUUUGUGUGUUUAACUGCUUUGAGAGAGGUGAAUGGCUUUCAGUCCAUCUUUCUGCUGAGUAACGUACUGUGUGAAUAUCUGUUUGGACUUACAUAACACAGUUAACUUUCACUGAUAAUUUUAUCAGGAAUGUGCACAAAAUGUGUUUUUUCUCUUGCUUCUCUGUAAUCUUUCUGUACCCAGGUCAGGUUCUUACCUUGAAUGCAUUUGUUCAGUGCAGUUUAUAUUUAAAAAUACAAAAUAUAAAAUAAUUCAUUUUGAGUGACUGAGUCUUAUGACCAGCAAUAGAUUGCAAAAUGUGUAGGUAGCACAG